AUGGAGACCGUUCGGAAUAUCUCAAAUCCCAUAUCGCCAGCGAUGCUAGGACCAUCAAAGUGGCUCGCCCUCUAUGAAGACUUCGUUACCAAGAACUCCAGCUCCGUUGGACAGGUCGAGUCCGCCUUGCGGUCGCUGACCUACAUCAUCCCUGGACGCUAUCGUGAAUCUGAAGUCGCCUCAGAAUGUGUCCAUUCUGGUGUCCAGCUCCUGUCCCUUUACCAUGACUCCCUCGUAGCGAAAGUCAUCUCACGGCUUCCAUCAACUGUUGCCAGACCGACGCCGACCCCUCAUUCACGAUAUACCAAGUACUGGACCUCCCGCUCCUCGUUGUAUCGUCAGGUAGCCCUUGCGCUCCAGAUGCUCCAAUAUACAGAGCUCCUUUGGGAAAUGGCAGCGCGUCGGCGCGGGCAGAAGACUAGAUGGCGUGUCGUCGUCUUCAUCGAAUUUGCCAAAGCACGCGAAGUUGACCCUAGAACGAUGGAGCAGCCGGAAGAGGAGCAGAGCGACUGGAAUGGAAUGGAGACCCCCACCAGCGAAAAGUCAUCCGACUUGAACUGGACGAUGCCUCGAACUGGUCUUUCGCUCCCAUCACUUCCGGACGUCAAUGACGUUUCAAACUAUCUCAUUUCCAAAGUUCUCACUGCCGACGACAUCAAGCCCCCGAAAACGCUUCUGCAUCGAGUUACCGGCCAAGGGCAGCUGGCGGAGGUUCUUUAUAUUCUGCGACCGGUAGUCUAUGCUCUGGCGAUGCAGAAAUGGAGCAAGGAUAAGCGAAGCUGGCGGCCCUGGCUGAUCGGCUUUGGAAUGGAGUAUGGCUGUCGACAACUCGCUAAGCGGGAUUUCCGCGAACGUGUUGCAGGAGGUCUUCGAGGCUUGACUGGACUUGAGCGUGAGGAGUUGAGAAAGCGCGGAUGGUCCAUGGGGUGGUGGUUGAUGCGGGGUGCCUUUUACGAGAACAUUACCAAGUCAUGGCUGCACAGUCUUACUGGCAAGAUGAAGGGCAAGCCGCUGUUGGACCUGGUAGGCAGCGUGGUGGAGGACUACGAAUACCUGUGGGAUAACUACUACUUUUCAACUGCGACGCUGUGA